AUGCAUCUGUCAGAUGCAUGCAGGUCCGUGAUCCAUGGACUUUCCUUCCUGAUCUCCACUGCCAUCCGGCAUCUUUCGCGUUAUCCCAAGCUCCGUCGUCGCCUCCUCCAGCUCUUCCUGGCCAUCUUCUUCAUUUGGAGCACAGCGGAUGUCUUUCUGGUGCACCGACACUUUAAUGAAGAGCAAACCCACCUAGAUUACAAACCCUUGCGUCGACAGCGGAUAUUCAUCGCUAGUGCUCUCUGGAAUAACGAACGGUCACUACCAGGCCAUUGGGGCGAAGUAAUUGUCGACUUAGCCAAUGUCUUCGGAUCGGAUAAUUUGUUCGUUAGUGUACAUGAGACUGGAAGCAGCGAUGGCACAAAGGACGCUCUGCACGAAUUCGACAAGAAGCUGAACACGGCGAAUAUAGGACGAAGCAUCGCGUUCGCCGACCAACCUCCUGACGACAAAGCACUGUUGGACCUGAACCCGGCUGAUCCGAGGCGCAUUUCUUAUAUUGCCGGACUGCGAAAUAAGUCUCUUCAACCGUUAUUUAAGCUCCGAGAUGAUGGGAUAUUUUACGAUCGAAUUUUAUUUCUGAGCGAUGUCUUCUUCACCAAAACAGAUGUCAUAUCCCUUUUGAAUACCAAUUACGGUACAUACACUGCGGCUUGCUCUUUCGAUAUAACGAAACCUUUGACCAAGUCCGACGCACUUGCUCUACGAGACGUGGAUGGAUAUGAACAAGUCAUGCAAAAGUGGCCCUUCUUUCGUGCGGCCGAGUCAAGAGACCCCAUGAAAUACAUGUUGCCAGUUCCCGUUAGAAGCUGCUGGGGUGGAAUGGUAUUCAUGGGCACGGAGGCAAUCUAUUCCUCCCGGCCAAUUCAGUUUAGAGGGAUACCCGGUGGUCUCGCAGAUAAGAAUGCUGUGGCUUCCGAAGGUUGCCUAAUUCACGCGGACAACCCGUUUUCCAAGCGAAGGGGCGUUUACUUGAACCCUUUUGUUCGGGUAGGACAUAGUGCGGCAGAACACCCGGCGGGUCGUUCUACUGGACACUGGCUCUCUACUUGGCAAAUAUUUGAAUCCAUAUGGGAGAAUCGCCUUCGCCGCUUUAUCAAUCCUCCAUUCCUGGAAGGGUGGUCCGUACGAAGCCGUCUUUCUGCUUGGCUGGCUGAGGAUGAGAAUAAUAGUGAACGCGGCGAUUACUGCCUUGCUGAUCAAACCCAAGCUAUGGUACCGUGA